UUCAGAAGUUGCCACGAACGCAAAGCGGGAUGAUGCGGAGGCUGGUGAGCUGCGCUGUGUGCGUGUUUCUGGGCUGGCAGCUCGGUUCCGUCUGGGCCGCCGAACCGCAGGACCAGGUCCAGAUCCAGGUUCUGUUCAGGCCCGAAGAGUGCAGCAGGAGGAGCAAGAAGGGAGACCUGAUCAACGCUCACUACGACGGCUUCCUGGAAAAAGAUGGUUCCCAGUUCUACUGCAGCCGGUCGGACAAGCAGGGACACCCCCAGUGGUUCGUCCUGGGCGUGGGACAGGUCAUCAGAGGCCUGGACGUCGGCAUGAUGGACAUGUGCGCCGGGGAGAAGAGGAAGGUGACGGUUCCGUCGGAGCUGGCGUUCGGUCCGACAGGAAAAGGUCCGGUUCCGCCCAACGCCACAGUGGUGUUCGAGGUGGAGGUGCUGUCCGUGUCCAGAGGCCCCCGCAGCAUGGAGGCCUUCGGACAGAUUGACGUGGACAAGGACAAGAGCCUCACCAAGGCGGAGGUGAAGGAAUACCUGAAGCUGGAAUAUGAAAAGGGCGGGAAGCCGCGGGACGAGCCGUUCUAUGAGAAAAUCCUGGCCGACAUCUUCUGGAAGAGCGACCAGGACCGAGACGGGCAGAUCAGCGCCAAGGAGUAUAACAUAUAUGAACGGGACGAGCUGUAGCGGCUGUGUCUGUGAUUCCUUUAGAGAGGAAACGGGAAGAAGUGAAACUGAAUCAGUUGGUCUGUUUUCAUGAGUUAAACCACUUCUGCUCCCAGAUGACAUCCACACUUCUUCUUCUGGUGUUUUUAAAGUUAAUUUAGUGGCACACAUUUCUAAGUAACUGAUUUUUAUCGGUUUGGAUCACGUCCAGAAUCGAUGCMUUUAGAUUAACGGUUCUAGAACWGGAAGGUAGGAACCGAUGUAAGCCUGCUGUAGUACCCGGACUAACCACGAGGCUGCACAGGUCACAUAACUGCCGGGCGGAUGAGCCACAGGCAGAACUUUUUAUUUGAAACCACUUCYGAGGCUGGAUUUAUGAAAUAAAGACGUAGAACAA